CUCUCUCAUUCAUGGCUAGCGACAUAUAAACUCUCUCUUCAAGCUUCCCUCUCUCUCAUUCAUGGCUCACCCCACAAAAAACGAAAGGCACAUAAAAAACAGAGAGUUAUACAGAGCUUUGUUGAGUGGAAAUGAGAACAGAGUAAUUGAACUCUGCAAACAAGUCCAAAAUGGGCCAUUACAUGAACUAACCAUACACCAUGACACAGUCCUACACAUGGCUACAUAUGGCAAACAAGAUGAGUUGGUGUUGAGUUUACUCCGGGAGGUGCCAGAGACCGAAAACCACAUGUUUUUGGCGGCAAAGAACGACAUCGGAAACACCAUCCUCCACGAUGCAGCUACGUCCAAUAAACUAAUCCCCGCUGCUCAGGAAAUGCUGCGCAGAGUCCCCGCUCUGUUGCAUGAGCGCAAUAGGAUCGGGGAGACUGCCUUGGCCCGCGCAGCAAGGUAUGGAAAGAUGGAAAUGUUCAAGUUUCUUGACUGUGAAGUCAAAAGAACUUUUAUGAGUGAUGGAAAAGAAGAAGAUGGAGAGGAAGGGCAUAUAGACUUUUAUCGACGGGAAGAUAAAAGCACCAUACUUCAUGGCGCGGUCUAUUCCGAACAUUUUGACUUGGCCCUUUAUAUUGCCCAAGAGCAUGAAUGUUUGGUGAGCGCAAGAGAUGAAGAUGGGUUGACAGCUCUUCAACUUCUAGCAUGCAAUCCCUCAGCAUUUGAAAAUGGAAGCAAAAGUUACCUAAAGCGGCUCAUCAAAUCUUGUGUCUCAACUGAAGAAGCUUCUACAACAGAAGAAGGUGAAUCGUGUUUUAAAGUCCCUUUGUGGGAAGCCAUUCGGGGAAAAAACCAGAAAUAUCAGUCAGCAGUGAGGCUUGCCAAGUUCUUAAUAGAAAGAGAUACCUCAUGGGAGGCUACUGAAACUGUAUUAAGCACGGGUAUAUCUAAGACCCACAAAUAUGGAGUGGCUUCUAUUUCCUCAAUCCAAUCGGUAGGGAAGGAACACGAAACUGAGACAAGUCAUGUGACGAACAAACCAAAUACUGCUGAAACUGCACUUUUUUUGGCUACUAAGUCGGGUAUUUUGGAGAUCGUUGAAGAAAUACUUAAUAUGUAUCCUCAGGCAGUCGAGCACAUUGAUGAUGAAGGGCGUAGUAUACUUCAUGUAGCCAUUAAGUACCGCCAAAUACAUAUUUUUGAUUUUGUUGAGAAGAUGGAAAUUCCAAUGAGGCGGCUUAUAAGAAAGAUUGACAAUGAUGGGAACUCUAUACUGCAUAUGAUUGGGAGAAAGCCAAAUGAUCACUUUGAUGAAGACAUGAGAAGCCCUGCUAUGAUAUUGCAAGAGGAUUUGCUCUUGUUUGAGCGUGUGAAGAAGAUAUCUACAAUCCAUUUCACCAGACACUUCAACAAAAAAGGACAGACUGCUGACACGGUUUUCGCUGAAAACAAUAUUGAGCAUCGUACAGAAGCAAAAGAAUGGCUAAAGCGCACAUCUGAAAAUUGCUCCAUCGUCGCUGUCCUAAUUUCCACCGUUGCCUUUGCUGCAGCCUACACUGUCCCUGGAGGUCCCAAUGAAAGCACCGGUUACCCACUCCUCCUCGACCAACCAUUCUUUGUAAUUUUUGCUUUGACAGAUGUCCUUUCCCUCACAUUCGCAUUGACAUCCGUCAUCACAUUUCUUUCCAUCCUCACCUCAUCGUUUCGAUUAAGUGACUUCAAGCAAUCUCUUCCUCAAAAACUUAUGCUAGGGAUCACAUUGUUGAUCCUUUCCGUGUCAAUGAUGAUGCUAGCAUUUGCAGCGACGGUAAUUCUUUUGAUACGUAACAAGCAACAGUGGACUAGAAUUGCCUUAUACUCUGUGGCGUUCUUCCCAGUCUCCAUCUUUGCCCUUACGUACUUGCCUCUCUAUACUCAACUGAUGAAAUCAUUCGCAUACACGCUCAAGAAAAUUGGAGUGGCGUUUCCCUUGUUUAAUGGUGGUAUUCUUCGAUCUUGGGUUGCCAAAUCAUUCAGGUCUGGUAGAAACUCCAAACCCUCUAGGUCUUCUGCACCUCAAAUCUCUCAUGACCAUGUUUAGAAGUUAGACAAAGAUUUGUAUGUUUUAAAAAAGCUAUCAACAAUGGUAGGUAUCAUGAAAAACCUUUCAUGAAAAUAAUCAUGAAAGCUUUGUGACCCUUGGAUUACACUUAGAAUAAAGCACUACACACUAAUCAAGAAA